AUGAAUGGGGGCCACCACGGAGCGCCUGGUGCCGGGAGCCCCGUGCUCACAUUCUGCUCCCCGCAAAAGAUGUGCUCCUGGAUGCUGAGCUGUUGCUUAGCCCUUCAGCACCUGGCCGUGCAGGCCUCCUUGCUCUGCAUCUUCCACCUCCUCCUGCUGCCCACCCUGCCCGAGGAGCCGCCCCACGCCCAGGCCACCAGUGAGCUGCUGGCACGCAGCCUCUUUGCCUGUGGCAUCUCCACGGUGCUGCAGACCACCCUGGGGAGCCGGCUGCCGCUGGUUCAAAUCCCAUCCUUCGAGUACCUGGUCCCUGCCAUGGUGCUGAGCUCCCACCUGUCCCUCGGUGCCAGCACAGACAGGAACGGCACGGCUGUGGCCAGCACGUGCCCUGCACCACACUGUGCCGUCGCAGGGAGCUGGACUGCCUCGCUGCGAGAGGUCUCUGGAGCCGUAUUGAUCUCUGGGCUGGUUCAGCUGGUGCUGGGAGUGUCUGGCAUGUGUGGGUGGGCAGUGCGGCACUGCGGGCCCAUGGUCCUGGCCCCGAGCCUCUCCAUCAUUGGGCUGUCCGCGUACAAGGAGGCUGCUUUCUUCUGCUCCACUAACUGGGGGGUAGCGCUGCUGCUCAUGCUCCUCGCUGUCACCUUCUCCCAGCACCUGGGGUCCUGCCGCCUGCCCUUCUGCGCCUGGCCCCAGGCUCAGGGGGGCUCCAUGGAGCCAUUUGUCCCCACUCUGCGCACGUUUUCGGUACUGCUCCCAUUUGCUGGUGUCUGCAUUGUUUGUGCCAUCCUCAGCCAUCUCCACGUCCCCUGGGAAUCGCUGGACCUGGCCAUGGCACAGCUGUCCUGGAGCAACAGCACCUUUCAUGCCCCUUGGCUCCGCAUCCCUUACGCAGGUGAGUGGGGGUGGCCACUGCUCACACCCCGGGCGCUGGCAGUGGGCAUCGCCAUGGCCAUCGGUUGCAGCAUGAACUCGGUGGGCUGCUACGUGCUGUGUGGGAGGCUGCUGCGAGCCCCCCGGCUGCCCUCCCACGCCUGCAACCGGGGGCUCUGCAUGGAAGGGCUGGGCAGCCUCCUGGCAGGGCUGCUGGGCACCCUGGGGGGCACGGCCGCCAGCAUCGCCAACGCCUGUGCCACCGGCCUUACGCAGGCUGGCUCUCGCCCCUCGGUGCAAGUGAGUGCGCUGGUGUGUGUGGUGCUGGGCAUGUCCCCGAGGCUGGCAGGGCUCCUCACCCGCUGGGUGCCCCUGGACCUCCUCUUCCUCUCCCUGCUCAUGGUGCCUGUCUUCUUAACCGGCUUCUUGUCAUUUUUCCUGGAGAACACGGUCUCAGGAACCCUGGAGGAGCGAGGGCUGCUCUCCGAGCUGGCGCCACGGAAAGCCGGGGCAGGCGCUCGCCAGCCCUAUGGAGAGAGGGGUGAAGCCAGCCAGACGUAUGGGCUCCCUGCUGGGCUGAGGAAGCUGCUGCCAUCCUCCUGCAAAGCCUUUCCCUGCUGCUUCCUCUGUCCGGGGACGGAGGAGGAGGAG